CCACUCAUUUGGGCAUCACUAUCCCCUGUCUCUCUCUCUCUCUCUUACUCUCUCUCUGCCUCUUAUCCAUCCAUGGAUUCCAAGGUUUUAUCUUUCCCUUUCUCUAUUUCCCCAGCCUAACAGGAAAACGAAAUGUACUGUGUGUGGUCAUCAUCAUGCCGAGUAAUGGCCCCUCAAUGGAGAAGGUGCAGCAGCCAUGGCGUUUUGCAUCAGUGCAAGAGGAAACUGAGCUUUGCCCCUUCAACUGUUUUCUCUUUUUCUUCUUCCACCAGUAAUGAUGACAUUUCUGCAUCUUCCAAACAACCACAAGUGGGAUAUGACCCUUCUGAGGAGCUAUUUGGACUUGCCGAUGAUCUUCACCCAAGGAAUGUGUCUUCUUCAUUGUCCAAACCAAGAUCAUGGUUUGGUCCAAAUGGUCAGUAUAUUCGAGAGUUGCCUUGUCCAAGUUGCAGGGGAAGAGGUUACACUCCCUGUGCUGACUGCGGAAUAGAAAGAUCCCGGCCGGAUUGUUCGCAAUGCAACGGGAAGGGUAUUGUCACUUGCAACCGGUGCCACGGAGAAUGUGUCAUCUGGGAGGAGUCGAUUGAUGAACAACCAUGGGAAAAUGCCCGCUCAAUUUCUCCCCUCAAAGUGAAGGAAGAUGACGAAGUCGACAAGCUGGAUAUAAAGCUGAAGGCGAGGCGAAAAGCUAAGAAUGCACAUCAAUCUUCGGAUCCUCAAGUUAAUUUGAAGAUCAGCCGGUCGUUAAAAAGCCUCAAUGCCAAAACUGGAAUAUUUAGUAAGAGGAUGAAGAUUAUACACAAAGAUCCUAUACUUCAUGCACAGCGCGUCACGGCUAUAAAGAAAGCUAAGGGGACUGCUGCUGCUCGGAGGCACGCCUCCGAGGCUAUGAAACGAUACUUUGCUGAUCCAGAAAAUCGGCGCAAGAGAAGCAUUUCGAUGAUAGGCGCUAAAUUUCACUGCAGAAACUGCGGGCAGGAGGGCCACAGGCGAAAUUACUGUCCCAAACUCAUGAACAAAGGAGUUGACAGGCGAACCAGAUGCCGGGUGUGCGGGGAAAAGGGGCAUAACCGAAGAACAUGUCCAAAAUCAGCGCCCAAUGAUGAGAAAAGCAUUACUACCAGGGAUCGUCAUCGCUGCAAGAUAUGCCACCAAAGCGGGCAUAACCGGAGAACAUGUCCUCAGGUGCCUGAAGUCAAAGCAGCAGCAGCUGAAAGUGAAACCCUGGCAGUGUCCAAAAGGCGUUACACCUGCAAUAUCUGCCGGGAGAAAGGGCACAACACGAGGACUUGUCCACAAAGGAAGUGACAGUAGUUUUUGCAAAGAUGGUUAUUUAAAAGAAAGCGUGACAUGAUCACAAUGUAACAUAAACAACCUACUGUAUCAGACGCACGAAAGAUAAAUUAAUUGCAUAGUGUCAAUACAGUUUGUAUAAAA